CUAAUCAAUCGAAUUCAUUAUAAGUGUCAUUCGUUACUGUAGUUUAAGCAGCAGUUUACCGUAUUUCAUUUGAGUGACUACAUCGUUAAAAAUUCACUCUCUGAUAAAAAUCGCAUGGAAGCAACACUUUGCGCGCGGUAUUUACGAGAAUGACUGUCAGUAUCGCAUUAACGGUACUUGUCAUUCUUACCUUCGCGUCUGACAACAGUGCCGCGGAUUUAGAAUUUACGCGCUUGUACAAUGAGUAUUUGCCUGCAAUCUCAACCCUCGAGGACUUUUCAAUAGACGAUUCACGUUCGAACAAUACUCGCAAAUAUGACUGGAUACAAUACAAUAAUAUAUCAUUUGACGACCCCGCUAUAAAUGUCACAAGACAAGACAACGCUACGAACAACUGUUCAGAGCGUUCGGUUGACGACUUCCCGGAGAUAUUUACGCUAGAGCAGCGUCGUCGAGGCGCGGCUAUACUUCACAUCUUUUUCGAAUUCUACUGCUUCAUCCUGACAGCGUUCGUAUGUAACGAUUAUCUGUUGCCGACCCUAGACAUCAUAUGCACACGCCUCAAUAUCAGCAGCGACGUCGCCGGAGCGACUUUUCUCGCCACUGCGAGCUGCUUCCCCGAGUUGUUCGUCAACGUUGUUGGCACCUUCCUGACCGAAUCUGACCUCGGGAUCGGCACCGUGAUGGGCAGCGCAGUCUUCAAUACAUUCGCGACUCCAGCGUGCGGUGCGUUAUUGGCGAUCAACGCAAUAUCAUUAGAAUGGCGAAUAUUAACUCGGGAUUGUAUAAUUUACGUGAUAUCGGUCACUACCUUAGUGAUCGUAAUGUGGGACGGCGUAAUCAAGUUGUACGAAGCGAUCAUCCUCAUGGUACUAUUCGUCACUUAUUUGACGAUAUUGUUUUGCGGUAAAUACUUUGUGCGUUGGUAUAAUAAACUUGCGCAUCUAUUCACUGACAAGAACGCCAGUACGAUUAUUUCUGAAAAAAAAAUUCCUAAAGACAAGGAAGAGUCAAUGCCUGCUGGCUUGUACAGGCCGUACUUUCACGGAGAACUCGUAGAGGAAUACAGAAAGAGUAUAGUAAACAACGGUCACAAGUCUUCCUCCGUUAACGAUGUAGAAAUGCAAAAUCACAUGGAACAAGUGGAGGAAUAUGUCGAACUAGAUACACCCUUUGUAUGGCCGACCGGAAAUAACCUGGCAAAAAUCUGGUUUUGGUUCGUUUGGCCGUUAAGAUUAAUUCUGUUUGUUACUAUACCGGAUAGUAGAUAUAAACGAUGGAGAAGCUGGUAUAUGAUAACGUUCGUUAUAUGUGUGAUAUGGAUUGCAAUAUCGUCUUAUCUGACAUCAUGGAUGACAACUGUACUCGGCGACACCAUCGGGAUCCCGGAUUCUGUAGUGGGUAUUACGUUCCAAGCCGCUGGUGGUAAUAUGCCGGAACUCGUCUCGAUUGUGAUACUCUCCAAACAAGGCAAUGGAGACAUGGCGAUGAGUAAUACGUUAGGCGCAAACACACUUGACAUCUUGCUAUGUCUCGGUUUACCGUGGAUGAUAAAGAUACUCAUAAACAAGAAGGAUAUUAAGAUCAUCUCGGACGCUCUAAGUUACAGCGUACUCUCGAUCAUCGUGUGUAUAAUCGCUUUCUACGUGGUAACUGCGUUCUGUAAGUAUCGCUUAGACAGAAAGGUGGGCAUCAUCUGCGUGAUACUAUAUACGAUAUUCUUAGUUUUCGCUCUGAUGUUUGAACUGAACGUCUUCUUUCCGGUGAACUUACCUAUGUGUCCUUCUUAAAAAUGUGUCGCCAUUAAAAAAAUCAUUAAAUUGCGAAAUAUUAUCAUCAAAAUAUAUUUUUUUUUGUUGUGAUUUUAUAACCAUGUAUUUAUAUGUUAUCUCUGAAAAUCUAGAAUCACUGUUA